GGCGCGGAAGUGGCGCAGCCGGACGUCUUUAGAUGAUGUCAUAUCCUAGCUCUCUUUCCUCCCCUCCCUUGCCCCCCUCCCUAGCUCAGGUCUGUACUCCUUUUUCCCGGAGACUCGGAGAGCUGAUCCAAGAUGGCGGCUGAGUCGGAAUACGAGUCUAUCCUGUGCGUGAAACCUGAGAUCAGCGUCUACCGCAUCCCGCCGCGUACCUCCAACCGCGGAUACAGGGCUUCUGACUGGAAACUAGAUCAGCCUGAUUGGACUGGCCGUCUCCGAAUCACUUCCAAAGGGAAGAUUGCCUACAUCAAACUUGAAGACAAAGUAUCAGGGGAGCUAUUUGCCCAAGCACCAGUGGAUCAAUAUCCAGGCAUUGCUGUGGAGACAGUAACAGAUUCUAGCCGAUACUUUGUGAUCCGGAUUCAGGAUGGCACUGGACGUAGUGCUUUCAUUGGCAUCGGCUUCACAGAUCGGGGUGAUGCCUUUGACUUCAACGUUUCUCUGCAAGAUCACUUCAAAUGGGUAAAACAGGAAUCUGAGAUCACCAAAGAAUCUCAGGAGAUGGACAGUCGCCCCAAGUUGGAUCUAGGCUUUAAGGAAGGACAGACUAUCAAGUUGAGUAUUGGGAAUAUUACAACAAAAAAAGCAGGAACCUCUAAGCCUCGACCUGCAGGAGCUGGGGGCCUGAGCCUACUGCCACCUCCACCUGGUGGCAAAGUGACUAUUCCCCCACCCUCAUCUUCAGUACCCAUAUCUAAUCACGUCACCCCACCUCCUAUCCAGAAAUCCAACCAAGGUGGCAGUGAUGCAGAUAUCCUGUUAGACUUUGAUUCUCCUGUUCCUAUCUCAAAGACACCAGCACCUGCACCUGCUCCUGCUCCUGCUCCUGCUCCUGCAGUGACUGACCUAUGGGGAGACUUCAGUACUGCAUCCAGGUGAUGAAUGACUGGAUGUGAGGGCCAGGUGUUGGGGCUAACCCACUGUCAGCCAUGGUGAGAGAACCCACUUACAAGGAGGAGGCCAGCUCUGAGUAAGAGAAAUAGUGAAAGAGAGACAGAUAGGAAAAAGCAGCAGCUAUGUGAUUGAGGGUGAGGACUGAGUCAGUAAACACACAACACAAUGAUUGUAGCUAAGACUCCUUUUAUUAUGUCAAAGAGAAAGAUUUUUUAUAGAAAGUAGAAUGCUAAAAGCAUUAAGUCAUUUUUAGAAGGCAUUUCUUUCCUGCAGAAUAUUGCUUAUGAAAAGACUACCCAAAACAUUUCUAGGGCUCCUCUAGAAACCCAAGCAAAUUGAGGAAGAGUGACAGUUGAUCUAUUCUGAGUAACUUGGGGAAAGGAAAGUCUAGGUCAAAUGACAUUAUAAAGGCUUUUUUGGUCUUCAAAAUAAGGAACAGCUCAAGGUUUUUUUAAUGACCAUUUGGAGAGGAAGCUUUCAGGAAUUCUACUUUUCUGAGUUUCAGCCAGACAACACUGUGGCUUCGAGAUUUUGGCCUUGCCAGAAAACCCCAGGCAAACCUCCAAACUUGUCUUUAUGACUGCUUUUUCCUCAGUGGGUCUAAAUUGUCCUAGGUUACUCCAUAAAUUAGAAUGUAAACUUGAGGGCAGGUAUGACUUCACUUUUGCCUUGUAUCCCUAGCACUUAAAAGUGCUCAGUGGAUAGAGUACUGAACCUGGAGUCUUGAAGACCUGAGUUCAAAUCUACUUCAGGUACACUAGCUGUGUGACCUUGCAGAAGUCACUUAACCUCUGCUUCAGUUUCCUUAUCUGUAAAAUGAGGAUAGUAAUUUUUCCUACUUCUCAGGGUCAUUGUGAGAUAAAAUGAGAUGAUGUUUGUAAAGGGACUUGCAAAAUUUAAAAUGCUGUAUAAAUACUAUCUAUUGAUCUUUAGCAUUUGACUUGUGACCACCUCCUUUUUCUGGAUAUUUUUCUCUGGGUUUUUAUGACCCUGCUCUCAUAUUUCUUAUCUGUCUGACUAGUCCUCAUUUUCAGAUCCUCAUCCAUGACCUGCCUCCUAUUUAUGGGUGUAGCUUAAGUCUGUGUUCUUGAUACUUUCCUUGUCUAUCAAGGAGUUCAUAUUCUAAUGACUUGUUAUAUGUUAUUUCUCUUCAUGAAGGCAACCUUUUGCUUGCUGUUCCUUUUCCCUGCCUUUACAUGAGUUGUCCCUUUUGCCUAGUAUUCUCUCCUUCCUCAUUUCCACCUCUUAGAAUCCCUAUGUUUCUUUUGCUUUCUUAAAUGGCCCCAGAUUAUUUAGAAGUUUUAGAGUUGAUCUGUCCUAUAUACUUCGGUACUCAUCUUUUGUUACCUAAUCUUGCUCCUACACUAAAUAUCUUUUUCUUUAAACCUUUACUUUCUACUUUGAAUUAAUAGGAAGUACUAUUCUAAGGCAGAAGAAUAGCAAGGGUUAGGUAUUUGGGGUUAAGUGACUUGCCCAGGGUCACACAGCUAGGAAGUAUCUGAGGCCACAUUUGAACCCUGGGCUUUCUGUUGCUAGGCCUGACUCUAUCCAUUGAAUCAACUAGUUGCCCUUACAAUAUAUAUCUUUUAACAGAAUCUGGAUUGGUUGGUGAAUUCUCAGUACAUUCACAUUGUGUUCUUUAAAUGAUUCCCAUCUUAUCAAUUUUGAAAGACUUAGAAUCACCAAUCAACACUGAACAACCAUGACUCCAAAGGACAGAUGAAGAAUGAUGCUUAUCUUCUGCCAAAGAUGAUAACUUGGGAGAGGAUUGUGGGAAGAUGGUAGAAUAGGAUUCAAGGUUAUCUCACUCCAAAUUCCCCCCCAAACAAAAUAAUGCCUCAGAGUCAACUCUAAAGCAAAGAAAUAGUUAGGAAUGAAACAUUUCUGCCAAGGAUAACUUGUAAGGAAGAUCUCUGACUUCCCAGGUGAUGGUCUCAUCAGAUUGAAAUGUAAACACCCCUGAGGCAAAUACCACAGAAUCAACAAACAAGCCACCCCAGAGGCAAAUACCACUAGAAUCAAUCAAUAAACCCUUAGAGUGGUUGUAUAGGGUUCAGCUUCAGCUCCAGAAAUUUCUAUCUACCCACUGUGGGAAGGUGGGAUUGGGUAGUUGACCAGGGCCCAGAUGCGUUCAUUAGAUACCACUCCGUCCCAGGCUGUGGCUUUGUGAGAGGGCUGAAGGGCAAAAAUACCCCAGUGAGUGUGGUUUGGGAGUUUGAGAGAGGUGAGGAUCCUGUUGGCUCUCUUCAUCUCUGGACUGUAGAGUCCUGUAGUCCCAGGGCAGAGAAGCAAGUUAGCUUCUGGGAACCACAGGGAGUAAAAGCAUUAGUUUUUAGUGAUAGCACUGCUAGGGCCUGGCCCAGGUCAGGGCACCAGAGGUCAUUCACAGACUGGGGUGUGAACAGUGGGAAACAGGGACUGUACUGGCCCUGGAUUAUAGAAAAUGGAAGAAUCAAGUUGGACUUGGGAAAUAACAGCACAAAAACCCUGAAACCUGAGACAUCAUCCCCCACACCUUGGAAACAGAGCCCAACUUUAGCAUAAAGCUAAAAGACUUCUGAUUUUUUUUUUUAAUGAGUAAGCAAAAGAGAAAGAACUCUCAUAGUUAGCUACUACAGAGAUACCAGGAGACCAGGGUUUACAUUCAGAAGUCAGUGAAGUUAAAAUACUGACUUCUAAAAUGUCAAAGAAAAAUGUAAAAUGGUCACAAGCCCCAAAAGACUUUUUAGAAGAGCUUAAAAAAAGACUAAAAACCAAAUGAAA